CUUACCACCAUAUCCUCACUUUCCAUCGACCGCACCAUGACUGACUCAAGCAUGCCUCCUCGACCAGCGACCCCACCGCAGCCUGGUGCGAACGCUGACUUAACGACUACAUGGGCAUAUCUUCUCCAUGGUGUCGACGGUAUCAUGACGCGAUUAAAGGACGGAGUGUCAUACACGAAAUACAUGGGGCUGUAUACGACCGCAUACAACUACUGUACAAGUUCGCGCAUGCACGGGAGUCUAGAGACGUCGAUAGGUGGGACACGGACAACCGGCGCUAAUCUGAUGGGUUCCGAUCUCUAUAAUUCCUUACAACGAUACUUCCGGGAUCACCUGCAAAGCAUUCGAGGUCAAACUGACACCCUGCAUGAUGAGACGUUGCUGCAGAAGUAUGCGGAGGAGUGGAACCGGUACACCGUUGGGGCGAACUAUGUGAACCGCCUGUUCACUUACCUGAACCGACAUUGGGUGAAACGGGAGAAGGAUGAAGGGAGGAAGAACGUGUACACUGUCUAUACCCUGGCGCUUGUCGUCUGGAACGAGGAGAUGUUUAAGUAUAUCCAAGCGAAGAACAACAAACUCGCUAAUGCUAUUCUUCGCCUUAUCGAACGCCAGAGGAACGGCGAGAGCAUCAACACGGGUUUGAUUAAGCAGGUUGUUGGUUCUUUCGUCUCUCUUGGUCUUGAUGAGCAAGACUCCAACCGUUCGAACCUCAGCGUAUAUGAGGCAGCAUUCCAGACCCCAUUCCUUAUCGCGACGGAGAACUACUAUAAAGCCGAGUCUGAGCAGUUCCUAGCAGAAAACACCGUUUCCGAAUACCUGAAGAAGGCAGAGGCGAGGCUGAAGGAGGAAGAGGAUCGUGUAGAGAUGUAUCUACACUCGAGCACCAGAAAGGGUCUCAUCCUGAAGUGUGAAGACGUGCUCAUCAGAGCACACGCACAAAAAAUGUGGGACGACUUUCAGAACCUGCUCGACUUCGAUAAGGAUGAGGAUCUUCAGCGCAUGUACGCGCUUCUUGCGCGUAUACCUGAAGGCCUCGAACCUCUCCGUAAGAAGUUCGAGGAUCAUGUACGCAAGGCCGGUCUCGCGGCUGUGCAGAAACUGGUCGGCAGUGGAGGACAGGAGGCGGCAGACCAAGUGGAGCCGAAAGCAUACGUCGAUGCGUUGUUGGAGGUUCACAGGCGGAAUCAAGAGGUUGUCAACCGUAGCUUCAAGGGUGAAGCGGGCUUCGUAGCUUCCCUUGAUAAGGCAUGUCGUGACUUCGUCAACACUAACGCCGCCACUGGUUCGAAUGCUGCCAAAUCUCCGGAACUGCUGGCUCGUCACACCGAUGCGCUGCUCAGGAAGAGCAACAAGAUGAGUGAGGAGGCUGAUCUGGAACAGGCGCUGAACGAAGUGAUGAUCUUGUUCAAGUAUCUCGAGGAUAAGGAUGUCUUCCAGACCUUCUACAGCAGCAAGUUAUCGAAGCGUCUCAUUCACUCCGUGUCAGCAUCUGAUGAAGCCGAGGCAUCGAUGAUCUCUAAGUUGAAGGAGGCUUGCGGUUUCGAGUACACCAACAAGCUGCAGCGCAUGUUCACGGAUAUGUCCUUGUCAAAGGAUCUCACGGACCAAUUCAAAGCCAAGCAAGAGCAGAACCAUGGCGAGAUGGAAAUCAACUUCAGCAUCCUUGUGCUCGGUACCAACUUCUGGCCAGUACAAGCACCGAAGAUUGACUUCAAUAUCCCUGCCGACAUUCUCAGCACGUACAACCGAUUCCAGGGAUUCUACCAGUCCAAGCAUUCGGGUCGCAAGCUCACAUGGCACUGGAACUUAUCUCGCAACGAGCUCCGGGCGAACAAGAUGAACCCCAAGUACAUCUUCAUGACGUCAUCAUACCAGAUGUCUGUCCUCUUGCAGUACAAUGACAACGACAGCUUAACGAUUGAUGAGCUCGUUCAAGCGACAGGUAUUCCGAAGGAUCAACUAGAGCCUGUCAUGAAUGUAUUGGUCAAGUCAAAGGUGCUGCUGAGCGAUGAGAAGGACACUUACGACUACAACCCUAACUAUAAGAACAAGAAGAUCCGGAUAAAUCUGAACAUGCCGGUGAAGACGGAGAAUAAGCAAGACACGAGUGAGGUGCUGAAGACCGUUGACGACGACCGCAAGUUUGUUAUCCAGGCGACUAUUGUACGUGUCAUGAAGUCGCGGAAGACAAUGAAGGCACAGGCUCUAAUCGCCGAAGUCACGCAAAUCAUCGCUGCUCGCUUCACACCACGCAUUCCGGAUAUCAAGAAAGCCAUCGACACUCUGCUGGAGAAGGAGUACAUCGAACGUGCUGAUGGCACUCGCGAUACGUUCAACUACGUUGCCUGAUGGAUAACCUUGAGUAUCAGCCCCGAGUUUGUCUCUGUAUUCCGUCCGUUUGGUUCGCAUGCUCAAUUCGUCUUUUCACACCCCCUCAACGAUGUCACUGUAGCAUACAUCUGGGAGCAAUGCAAUACUAUACCUAUAUUAGAGGAUUCGAUUUAUAUAACUUAGUAUUUGUAGAAUCCCUCUCCAGACUUGCGACCCAACUUUCCCUCGUUGACCUUCUCGUCUAGGACAGGAGAGGAAGCGACCAGAUCCGGUGAGAGCGACUUCUCCUUGCCUGUCUCCACUUUCUGGCGCCAGCCGUCCAUGAUAUGCUUCGCAGUAUCCAGGCCAACAAAGUCAAUCAGCUCGAAUGGUCCCAUCGGGUACCCCGCGCCUAGCUUCAUAGCAGCGUCGAUAUCCUCGGCAGAUGCUUCGCCCCUCUCCAGCAUGCGAACCGCUUCAAACAUGUACGGUACAAGCAAUCUGUUCACAACGAAGCCUGCUGUGUCUUUGCAGGGCACGGCGCGCUUGUGCAUCCGCUUGCAGACGUCCAAGAGCGAUUGGAAUGUGUCAUCGCUGGUGUCCUCUGUGCGGAUCACCUCGACCAGCUUCAUCUGUGGUACAGGAUUGAAGAAAUGCAGUCCUCCAAACUUGGCCCGCCUCGCCGGCCCUGUCGAGCUGGCGAUCUCAGCAACACUCAGACUGCUCGUAUUGCUCGCAAAAAUCGUUUUCGAGUCACACUCUCCGUCUAGCAUACGGAACAGUUCUUUCUUCACAUUGAUAUUCUCUACGAUGGCUUCUACGACCAGAUCGGCAUCCUUCACCGCGACCACAGGGUCGGUGGUCAUCGAUACGUUCUCCAGUAUGCCCGUGACGAACUUUUGUUGCUCGUCUUUGUUGUCCGGGAAUUUCUUGUUGGCGAUACGCGCGAGAGACUUCUGAAUGGUCGUUUUCGACGUAGCUAGUGCUUGGUCGGUUAGAUCGCAAAGGGUAACCUUGAACCCGUUCUGCGAUGCGACUUGGGCGAUGCCAGCACCCAUAAGCCCUCCUCCGAAUACGGUCAUGUUGUUCACGGCCUGCAUCCUGCUACUCGAGCUUGACAGAUGGCGGCGAGUUGCUUCCAAUCGUCUAGCGGCGGUCGCAGAGGUGCCCGAAAGCUUAUAGACGUUGAGCGUCGAGUUGGCGAGUUGGCGCUGCAUUUUUUGUCGGCGAGCGGGCGGUCUGAUGAGCUGGGAUGGGAGCAGUGCGGGGGGACGGGAUGGAACGGGGUAAAAGGAUGGCCGUCGGGAAGAGGAGUAUAUGUAGUGGAAUGUUGCGGUGAGGUGAUAGCCGG